GAAUGAAAAUCUUUAUGAACGAAUGAACAAAUCACAAAUAACUUUUGUUUAGCGGAUUUUCAAAAAAUUAUUUUAUUACUACUAGUGGAUUAUUAAUACUAGUGGAUGUUCCUGCGACGGAAAGUAAUUUUGGAAAGCCGGAUAUAAAAUAAUUGCAACACUCUGUGUAUGCAGGGAAAUAAUGACAGCCAUCUGGUCUUAGAAGAGAUAACAGAUUUCGAUAUUUUAUUUCAGCAAAAUUGCAAAAACCUUUUAGACAUUCAGUUUGGAUUGUAUAAAUAGAAAAGUAGUUAUACUCGUAAAUUUUCAUAAUUAAAGAUUCAAUUCGAUUGACAAAUUAUCAAAAGUAUGCUGCACACAGUUGUGUAAAAUAUGAGCUGAGCAUCCAACUCCAAUCAAUUCUUUUUGAGACAAAUUUUUUAUACGGAAGAAAAUAUUAUUUUGUCCCAUUUUCUAUAAACUAUCAAAAUUGGUGUUGCAAUUAUCUCCCGUAAACGCAAUACACUUACUUUUCAAAUGAUAAUUUUUUAGUGUUUUAACAAUGAAAUUACAUGUAAUCUCCGAUUUUUCAUUUUCCAAUGAUUUUAACUCUAAUAAACGUAAUUGCGUCUCAUGUUCUCUGUCAAAGUAUUGAAUGAGAGAAUCGGAAAGAUUUUCAAAGCUGCAUGAUUGCUUCCAUCCAUGCAUAUUCCAACGUAUGGAAUUUUUUCGCUCUCGAUUCUUUCUAACAUAGUAAUCACAGAGUUGGGUGCCAAAAUAUUAUUAACAAUCGCUUCUGUUUUUGUUUUGGCGCUGGAAAUAUUUAAGGCAGUCUCGAAGUCGCUGAAUAGCUUGGCGUACAAUUUGGUUGAACAACCACAAGAUUUAUAGCUUUGCUAGUGUUUUACAAUGUGAAACGCUAAAGUUGCUUCUGCAGCCAAUACUUUUAAUUCCUUCGUAGUGUUUUUGAUGAUAAAUAUACUGUCAAUUUUCUUUGAAGUACCAGCUGUACUUACAUUUUGAAUAUGUUUUGUUGAGGUUAGAUGUUAUUUUAAAUCAGUAUUCCUUUUAUUUGUAACAUGGUAUAAAUACAAGGGUAUGCUCAUUACACGUCAGACUACUGCGCAUCUCCAAGACUACGUCAUAGAUACGUCAUACGUCGGUUGUUAUUCAAUAUGGCUAUCAGUAAAUUUAAAUUUGAUUUUACAAUAAUGGCUUGUAGUGUGAAAGGGUGCGGAAAUUAUUUAAGAAAAACUAAAAGGAAAGACAGUUCUAUAAAAUAUUUUUCCUUCCCAAAAGAUCCCGAAAUUGUUGUAAAGUGGCGUGAAGCAUGUGGAAAAGAAAACAUUAAUCUUAAAAAUGCUAGGAUAUGUUCCAAGCAUUUUCACGCUACAUGUUACACAAAAAACUUGCAACAACAACUAUUGGAAUAUUUUCCCUCAAGAGUAAGAAAGUUGCUUCCAAAUGCUAUUCCCACAUUACAUCUCAGUACUGCACUACCACUGUCAGCAUCCAACAAUGAUUCAUUUGAUACCGGCGGAAGCACUACUCCAUCCAACACUUUCACAUCCAACAAAACUAUCGUUGAAUACUGGCGGAAGCACAACUCUAUCCAACACUUCUACAUCCAACAAUGGUGUCGACUCCGGAAACAUUUGAUGAAAUGUCACCUGCGCACAAUACAGAAACUAACAUGUCUUUACAAAUUUGGUUACAUUGAAGAAGAUGUUAAGCGACCAAAAAGAAAGAGAAAAUCAACAUUUGGAACAAAGGAUGCAUGAGUUAUUAUCAAAUAUAUUCAGCCCUGGACAAAUACGAAUACUUUUGAAGCCCUUAGUAAAGAGAAUUAAAUGGUUUUCCAAAGAUAUCGCGCACGCGAUAUCCUUACGAUGUGUGAGUCCAAAGGCAUAUCGAUAUAUGAGAAAUGUUUUGAAAAUGCCACUUCCUGGAUUUUCAACACUUGUUAGAAGAUGCACCUCAUCUACUGAAACUGCUGCGAAAUCAUUUUCUUGAUGAAGGGUUUCUUUGGAAGGGAAAAACAAUAAAUAAAAAAAUUUUGUAUAAGUUGCUAUCCAUUAACGGAAAAGAUUUAAAAAUUUUUCACAAAAUCACCACAUACCACCUCAGUGUAUGUACAAGGUACAGAGAGACAAAAAGUUCUUCCUGCUGCAGGCUUUUAUCGAACACAACAGCUUCUGCUAUAAAAUGGUGUAGUCAGAAAGGUUAUCUCCUAAACUUUGAUUGUGAGGAAGCAGCAUAUGUUAUCAAAUUAUGUAAUGAUUGGUUUGACAUCUUCAACGCUAAAUGUAUGUAUGGCAAAUAUCGUGGUAAAGAUGCGUACGGUGUUCAUAUUGAAGAACAAAAUUCCAUUUUGGAUAAUAUGACAACUUAUAUGACAGAAAUUUGAUUAGGACGCCAUAAGAGUUUGCUAUUGUUUCAAAAAGGAAUUAUUGUAAGUAACACUUCUUUACAAGAAAUGUUACCUUACUUGCAAGAGAAAUAUAGUACUUCAGAUUUCAAACUUUCAUAUUUGAUAACGUAUCGGAUCAAUCAAGAUGUACUUGAAAAUUUUUUUUCUUUUAUUCGUUCAGUUGGAGGUGCAUACGAUUAUCCAGUACCUUUAAAUUUUAUGUAUCGUUUAAAAUUGUAUAUACUAGAUAAACAUUCUGAAAUUGUAUUAUCAAAUAAAUUAAAUGUGGAAGAAAGUGAAACGAACAA